GUCUAAUCAAAUUUUCGACGUUCGACCGUUUGCGACGUAUUGAUAAAAACCAAAAAAUAAAACCAUAAUAUUAUUCUGUAUGCGACAAAUUAUUUGACAUUCGUUCAUAUCGAAAAACAAACAUUUGUAUUAUUAAUUCAAACAUUUUUUAUUUGCUAUUAGUGCGUACAGGUGCAACCUUGGAGAUGGAUCACAGAUUAUGACAAUAUUGUAUACGAAAUAUUUAUUGAUUAUUCGGAUUAUACUACCUGUAUAAAUACACCGAAGCCCUGAAGUAAGACAGUAAUUUUCGUUUUCCAGGGACAAAGUUUCUGCAAAAAUGGUGGCUAGAGGAGGAAAAACGAGAUUAAUUGGUUUCAUUUGCAUGGUUUUGGUUUUUUCGGCCGUGCUGUACGUGUUUCAUGAAACACAAGUAGAAUUGGAUGGCGUCCGUAAUUCGGCUUCCUCAUGCACUCAUCAGCUAGAGUCUAUAUCAUCUCAAUUACAAGUCAUCGUUGAACAUAAAUUGAAAUUGGAAAGGUCAUUAGAAGAAGAAAAACAUGAACAUAUGAAAACCAAGGAGGACCUUAAUGCAGUAAUUCAAGAUGAGAAACAGUUGCGUGAUAAACAAAAUGUCGAUUCUAUGAAUCGAUAUAGCGAGAUAGAACGAAAUCAUGAAGUAUUACAGGAAGAAGAAAAAAAUUUAAGAGAAGAAUUAGAAAAAUUGAAAUUAAAAUUUUUGGAAGAAGAAAAGAAAAAUAAACAACUUACUCAAGAAUUGAAUGAUGCACAAAACAAAAUACAAAAUCUGAAUAAUGAAAAAGUUAAAUUAGAAAGUGGAAAAGAAAACUCAGAAAAUGAUCAAAAUAAUAACUUACAAAAAUCAAAUGAAUUACCAGAUAUAAAAUUCAUUCAGAAAUCAAAUGAUAUUAUGAAUGUUACAAAAUUAAAAAGUGGUUCAGUAACUCCAGCAAUUAAUCCACAAGCAAUAGACGGGGCUACUGCUAAGAGUUCAACACCAAUGCUAAGUCCAAUAGUGGUUUCUACAAACAAUUUAACAUUACCUAUUGAAAACAAUGAAGCAAACCCAAUUAAUCAGCCUAUUAUUAUAGACAUCAGCUCUGAUAAAGUACCAAAUAAUGCUUUGGUCCUACAAAAUGAUACUAGUUCAACUCAAGAAUCUCAAGUUGGUGGAAAUGAAUCCAUGAAAGCCAUGCCUGCCCCACCUCAAGAGGAGACUGUUAAGAAAGAUUCAUUGAACAAGUAUAGCAAUGAAGAAGACAAAAUAUCAAAGCAAAAAAAUAAUUCAUAUAAAUAUGAAUAUGAACAAGAACGUUUCAAAGAAGAUGGUGAGAUAGACAAUGAUGAAGAUAUGAAUGAUUUUGAUGCAAGAGAAGAUGCACAUCAACCAGCAAAUAAUUAAUUUUAUUUAUAUUUAUAAUUUAAAGUAGGUACCUUUAUAAUAAAGUUAAAUACUUAAAUUAAGAUACA